AUGGAUGAAGAAGUCGUGAUCAUCAUGGAUUCGGGUGGAGGGAGCAUGUCGCAUUUUGCGACAGAGGUGGGCGUUUUGUCGGCAAAGUAUCGUUGCCGACCUUUCUAUUUAGCUCCUUACCACACGGCAGCUUUGAUGCCACUUGACCAGGCCCCAAACAGAGAAUUCGAACGUGCGUGGAGUGAAUGCCGGUCAAAACAAAGCAACUUUUCGACGCUGCAGGCGUUGGACGCCUGUCAUGAGUGCUGGGACAAAGCGUAUUCUUCACAGAAUGUGCUCAAGGGCUUUGCUAGUGUUGGGAUGACUCUUGGGAAGCCUUUGUGUCGGGAGAAGGUCCUUCUCGAACGAGGACCACACCUCUUUCGCAAAACGGUGCCCAAGCAGGAGAGGAACUAUGUGAGUGACUGCGCAGACAAAGUUCUUUCACCGCCCAAGGGCUACAAGAGAGCGCCUGAUAGCGUGCGAUGUUCGUCGGCCAAAUGCCGUGGCCUUGUGCAACCUGGACAUCAGUUCUGUCCCACAUGCGGUGCAAAGAAUGAAUCUUUCGAUCCCAUAGCGCAGGCAGUGGACGCAGGUGCCCGCCAACAGGGUUAUCGGCGAAAAGCGACCGCCUUGGUGGAUUUGCAAGAUGCUUUAGACUUUGAACCUGCUUGCAAAAAACAUUUGGUCAAGGUUUGGGGCGAUAUGCUCAGCAAGAUGAGAGCCCCAUCCAAAGAUGAAAGUGCGCCCACAACACCAGCUCCUACCCCGCCAACUCCUGCUCCCACAACCCCUGCGCCCCAAGUUGUGCCUGCCACACCGGCGCUACAGACCAAGGGGCCACAGGCUGCUCCAAGCACGGCCCCAGCUGCAACAGCAAAAGCUCCAGAAGCUCAAGGGAAGCAGGCAGAAGCAGAAGAAAACUGUGAGUUUGACCUUGACAACCCAGAAGAUGUUUGCAAUUACAUCUUGGGCCAUUUUAAGGCUAGCUUGCGGGAGGGCGCAAUGCCGGCGGUCAAGUUUUACGUCGGUCAGUUGAAAGCAAAAUGCACCAAGGCGAAGCCAUUGUCAAGUUUGGUGCAACAUGAAAUUGUUUCAUCACGAGUGUUGAUGAAGCCUCACACCAGAGACAUGUGGCUGAAGAGCUGGGUGUCCAACAGAUCUCACCGGUACGUUUCACUUCCAAAGAAAUAG